ACAUGUGAGCAUCUCUGAAAUCCAAUAAUAUACUUCCUUUCGUAAGGCAGAUAAAGAACUGGUUGCACAGCCGUUGUUUUUGGUGCUGCAUCUCAUAUUUCUUGUGUGAAUGCUUUAAAAGAACAGUGUAUGGCAAGGCAGCUUAUCAUUCUGCAGAAACACAUCAACUGUGCUAUUGAAAAAGGAUGAGAAACAGAGUAUCCUUUAGAUUCUAUUAUCUUAGCGCAUUUAUCAUUUCAUUGAACUAUUCUUUUGCUGUAGAAAUGUCCACCAAAUUCCCACUGAAUACUUCUUUUGGUGUCAAAAUGUAUUUUCAUUUUCAGCCAGUUGUGUUUCUUUUGCAACACUUUCUUCUCGCUAUUAUCUAGUGAUUUAGGAAUAGGGGAAAGAAUCAUGUGAUUUGUUUGCCAUUGAUAGUGGUCUUGACAGGUAACUAGCAUGUGCUGUUAUAUAACUUGGUUACACGACUCGAAAUCUCAUGUCAGGUAACUACUAGCACUGGUUUUUCUCUCUAUUGCAACCGUUCUAGUGACUGUCCGUUGCAUGUAUUAGAUACAGGAGUUGCUCAAGAAAUGCAGUCCUAGGAAGUACAAAUAUCAAAUGUAGUUAAAAAUGAUUCUCUUGUUUGGUAGAUGUAUAUGAUAAGUACAAAGCCCUAUAGAUAUUAGUUUUUAAUCAAAACCUCUCUGUAUCUCAUGAAUAACCUAAGUGCCAGUUCAGCCCUUUAACAGGUAAAGACUGCUCACAUUUCUUGACCUUGGUUCUUUUAAGAUAAUCCUAUGCUCAUUAUUUUUCUUGAUCUUUAUCUGAAGAAGGCGAAUACACGCGUCAUGGUCUUGUCUCUUGCAUAUGCAAUUCUAGCUUCUUCUUAUGAAUUUUCAAACAUGAUGCAACCUUAUUUACUCGUUUACAUGCAAGCAGCCGAAAUGAAAAAGAGAGCCGUUACAAAAAUUGAAACAGAGAAUCCGGAAGAUAACUCCUAUGUGUCACAUGCUCCAUGUGUUUCCUUAGAACCUUUAUAUAACAACCUUUCCAUAAACACAUUUCUAAAUUCAAAAGAACAGAAGCGAGAAAAAAAAAUGAUGAGAGGAUAUGCGUUUAUUAUAGUUGCAGUGGUGGCGUCUGUUAUAAUACAGCAGCCUGAGUUGGUGAACGGACAAGCUAGAGUUCCUGCCAUGUUUGUGCUCGGAGACUCGCUGGUCGAUGUUGGGAACAACAACUUUCUAGUAGCAUCCAUAGCUAGAGCCAAUUACUUCCCUUAUGGUAUAGACUUGAACUUACGUCCUACUGGCAGGUUUAGUAACGGCAUGAACUUCAUUGACUUGCUUGCUCAGUUGUUAGGAAUCUCAUCGCCUCCUCCCUUUGCGGAUCCAACCACAUCAGGCAACAGAAUCCUUGGAGGAGUUAACUUUGCAUCUGCAGCUGCUGGCAUCCUUGAUGAAUCAGGCCAAAACUAUGGAGAUAGAUUCACCAUGAACCGGCAAGUGUUGAACCUAGGGACGACCCUAAGCCAGUUAAGAACAAUGAUGAGUCCCCAAAACUUAACGGAUUACUUGGCAAGAUCGCUUGUGAUUCUCGUUUUUGGAAGCAAUGACUAUAUCAACAACUACCUUAUGCCUAGUCUCUACUCCUCCAGCCUCAGAUACAGACCGCCUGAGUUCGCUAACUUACUUCUCAGUCAAUACGCUAGACAACUUCUUACUCUAUACAGCCUAGGUCUAAGGAAAAUAUACAUAACUGGAGUAGCGCCACUAGGCUGUAUACCAAACCAAAGAGCCACAAGCGUUGGACCACCCGGGAGAUGCGUUGACGCAGUGAACGAGAUACUAGGAACAUUUAACCAAGGGAUAAAAUCAAUUGUCGACCAGCUGAACCAAAGGUUACCUGGAGCCAUCUAUGUAUACGGCAACACAUAUGGCGCCUUUGGUGACAUGUUAAACAACCCAGCUGCUUUUGGAUUCAGUGUAGUGGACAGGGCUUGUUGUGGGGUUGGGAGGAACCAAGGACAAAUCACAUGUUUGCCGAUGCAGAACCCUUGUCCUAACAGGUCACAGUAUCUGUUUUGGGAUGCAUUUCAUCCUACUCAGACUGCUCUCUCUGUUCUGGCUAGACGAGCUUUCUAUGGACCACCUAUCGACGCAUAUCCUGUCAAUAUCCAACAGAUGACUCUCCUUCACUAGUUUUUUAUGUGUUUGGUUUUAGGUUUUUAAAGUUUGUAUGUUAUGAUACUUGAACUUGUGUAUAAAGCUGAAACAAAAAUGUUUUUUAUCGUAUAAUAACAUGUGAUAAUGAAAA